UAUAACCAGUAAACACAGCACACACAUGUCGGUACAGCAGCAGUAGUAUUAGUAGUAUUAGUAGUAUUAGUUGUGUGUUCUGUCAGUAAACUAACUCGUAGACUCCUGAGUGGUCCAAAUGUCCGAGGCGUCAGACGAAGCUCCUCCUCGUCAGAACUGGAUCCUGCAGCAUCCAGCGUAUCAGCAGAUGAAGGACCUGGAGGUUGAGGACAUCGCUCAGCUGCACGCAGCUUUCCUCGUCUACAUGGAUUUAACGGAGGUGCGUCGGUGGAAGGACGUGUCUAGCCUCAAGAGUCCUGAGCUGCAGUUGGUGUUGUUAGAAGGGCGAGAGAAGGAUGGAGCCCCCAUCCAGACCAUCCUUCCUCUACCCGUUCACCGAUCUCUUUGCCACAGAAGCAUACGACACGUGCUGGACCGAGGCUUUCCCAUGGUGCUGUGUGCGGUGGCAUCGGACUCCACCCUGGUCUACCAGAAGAUGACCGAUGGGUUGGUGACACCCGACCCUCCUGUGGGGCCCUUUCAGGACGCCGGACGCCGGCAGCACCGGAAGAGACGGCAGCAGCAGUGAGAAGCUGGAGGGAGGAGGUGAUGAACUGAAGAAAGGACAGAAAGACAUUCUCAGUCUGUGUAAGACAGGUGCGACUCUUCCAUGGGACAUAUGAGGCUACAGCCUGUUAUUCUCUGUUGAUAAAGCCCUUUUCUCAGACAUGUCCUGCAGAUGAUCUCCACAAAACUGGGGCUGGACUUUCUCCACACUUUGCCUUUCUCUUAUGCACAAGACAGCAAGAGGUUCUCUGCUCACACGUGUUCACAACAGCAACCGAUUCCUCACAGGAUUCAGGAGAGGGCUGGAGCAGCAGGCACAGGCAGGAUGUCGCCUAUUCAUUCCCCUGCGGAGAUCACAUGAUAGCCUGGGUCUUCCACGUUAAUGGCUUGGCUUUUUCACCAUGAGCUUUUUUAUUUGCUUUUUGUCUUUUAUAUUUUUGUGUCUGUCGCGCAUUAGAAGAGUCAUCAAGAUUCCCCCCCCCCCCCCAUUCCCUCGCAGUGAAUCUUGCAUUCACACAUUCACGUUUCCGGAGGAUCUCUGGAGGUCAGGGCAUGUCUGAAAGCAGCUUUUGUUGUGCUGUGAACAUACUAAGUUGAAUCAUUGCUCUAUUGAUGCAGUUGGUAAAGUGAUCUGAGUUCAUCCACUAAAUGAUUUGGCUGCAUUACGACGUAGCCCAACUGUUGGUGAACUGAGGCUGAUGCACAUAUUGAAAUCUGAAAGUUAUAUCAAAUGAAAAUCAAAAGAUGCAACACAUUGAGUAAAUAAAUAAUUUG